GCGGCCAAAACUAUUCAGAUGGCAUUUCGCGAUUAUGUGAGGUUGAAGCGUGAACGAGAACGCUCUCCGAUGUCGCUGGACGAAGAUAACACGCAAACUUCCAGCCCAGGAGGAUGGCAGAGCAAGCUUUCGGCGUUGAACUUCUUGCAUCUGCAGGUCCACCGUCGUGGAACUGCCACUUCCAGUCGGGCCUCAUCGCGCAAAUCAUCCCGAGCAUCGGACGCUUCCGAUUUGAGUGAGCUGGCAGGUCCAUGGCUUAAUCUACCGCUAAUGCUGGUAUCCGGCACAAGCGAUAUGGUAAAGGAUGUGAAGCAGCAACACACGAACGGACUGGAGAUGAAGGACGCUCCGGAUGUGAAGGGACAGCGUCGCAAAUCGUUCUACAACUUCCCCUUCUUCCUGCGGCACCAGGACGCCGUCGAGGAAACGUCUACCUCAUCACCGCAGCCUCAGAAGCGGCCGCUAAAGGACAGUGACACGAACCUAUCGCUUACCGCAUCGCUCGAGAAGGUGCCGGUCCCCCCGCCAACGACGCCAAAGUCGAAGCGUGCCACGAGCUUCGUGAAGAAAAAGCCUCCGUUGGAGCGCGGAUUUUCCGCCCAGAGUGCUUUACGUCUGAACCGCAAUGCGGUAGUGCCGGAUGAUACACUGUCCACGUCGGCUGCUGACGUGAGCAUACUCGUGACGGAACCAUCACCGGAUGUUCCGGCUGUUCCAGCACCGGGGGAAACACUGGUCCAUGUGUUGGUGCACCGUGAAAGCGAAGAGUAUCAGUCAGAACUAGACGAGAAAGGCGAACCCAAAGUCAAAGAACCGCGCGAUCCAUCCCGUGCAAGUGACAUCAAACUUUCACCCGGCACGAACGUUGACUAUCAAAUUCUAGGUGGGCUGGAAGGUGAACCGCGUCCCGUCGUGACCAUCUGCGUGGAAAGCCCGAUGGAGUCGCCGGAUCAGGAUGGUUCGAACGCAACCCCCACCGGUACGGUCGCGAUACCGAUCGAUCCGGAACCAAUCGAUGUGAAUCUGCCCCGCGAUACGAGCAACAUUUUCUACGACUACGAUGAUCAAUCGACGCGAGUUUCGACGACCGCGGGAGGAUCCGGAGAGAGUGCCGAUUUAAAUAAAAUCGAGUACGAUCCGGCCAGUGGUGGCGGUUCCGUGACGGUUGAAAUAACGAAUGAAGUGGAAUGUAAAGCAGGUCGAUCGUCCGCCUCUGCCGGCGGUCGUCAUGACGAACAGACCGGCCGGCCGUCUAGCAUCACCGAACAGGAUCUGUCUGAAGGUUCGUCGAGCUGACCAUCGGAACGAACAGUGGACGAAGAAAAAACGGCAGAUGACAGUUGACAAUCUUCUAUCUGAGUAAGUUUCACGCUCGCCUCUUAUCUCAAGACCAUCAAACGACCCAGCCUCGGGUCAGGGUGCAUACACUUUCUUUGCUUUAGUCUGGGAUAACUGAGACGAUGGAAGGGAUAGCAUCACAAAUAGCAAUGUAUCUUAAACAAGAAAACAAACUACGUACACUGUAAGUCCCGUAAAGAAUGCAUGUACAUGACCGCUUUACCAAAGAUUACUUCACAUCAGUAGAAGUGCUAGUACUAAACGAACUCUGCAGUUCCCCUACGGUUACGGUUUAGUUUGAUAGAUUAAUGGGUAAUUCUAAUUCGAUUGUAGCAUUUUAAGAUGAGAUAAAUAGUAUUUGUAUAGCCAGUGGUACUGGAUUGGGGGAGGACAUACACACCUCGGGAUUAGACAUCACAUAGGAAAGGGGUUGUGGCUAAAUGCUGCGAAAUGGUAAGCAAAGGGUGAUUAAAUCUGCAUUUACGCUAAGUGUGUUAAUCGAUUGUUCUAUUUCACUCUGCUUCUAACCACACUUUUCUAACAGACCACUGUUUGUUGGUAAAAUCGUUACACUUCUUGCAUAUCAGUUUGUGAUUUGUAUUAUCAGUAGUAGUACCCCAGGAUGGAUGCAACUCCAGCAGUGGAGUUUCUGAUCCUACAAAACAGAUGCUUUCGUACUAAAUAUAUAUAUUUUUUUAAGUGCAGUUAUGCAUUUAGUAUAUAAGUAGAGUUUUGGAAUUAGAACGAGAAGAGAGAGAAAGAAUGAGAGAGAGAGAGAGAGAGAGCGCGUCAUAUUGGUUUAAAGGAUCACAAUGUUUGAGUCGUCCGAUCGAGGGUAGGAAUACAGUAAAAGAGCAACAAAUAGGAAGAUUUCUUUUUCUACCUUUAAAAAAAGAGAAAUAUUAUGAUAAUCAAAAGCAGAACAGAGAUGAAUUUAUACAAAACACAAACUAUUUUCUUUCCUUUUCUAUGCGUCCUCCGAUAGCUCAGAGUUAUGUGUUACCGCACAAGACUAUCUCUAUUGCCCGGUGUAACAUUGAAAAAAGGAAAGAUCCGAACGGAAACGUUGGGAAAUGAUGCCUAAAUCAUCAAUCGAAUUUACUAGUAGCCACUACUAACGCUAGCUGAAACGGUUAGACACUAUUAUAGUCACUACUUGUUUCAUCUCUGUCAGUUUCAUUACUGUGCACGAACUUUACGAUAAACACUGUACGAUGCUGACAUGGCAAUCUGCAAAAUCUGCUGUAUGAUGUACACUAUAGGCCCCAUAGUGGUAGAAUGAGAUGGGUAAGAUUGGCACACCCCGGUUGCGGGGUUGCAUUAGCGGCGGUAAAGUGCAUAUUCUAAUUGUUUGUACAAAUUAGCGAACCAAACACCUUGAUAUUUAAAUCGAUUUAACUGAACGAGAACAUACCAUAUACCGUUCCGGACUUCACUAGCGGUGGAGGUUUUCUAGUGGAUAGGGUUGUUUGCUUUUUUCCUUUCCAUUCACCUCACGUUUCUUCAACGGUGUUAUCCAAUUAAGCUAUGUACGCAGCAUCGAAACGUGUGGAGCGAAUGUACAGAGUGUGUGUAAUGCUUCUCAAUCGCAGUAAAAUAAUAUAAAAGGGCCAUCGCCCAGUUAGUGCGUAAUGAAUACUGUUGAUAGGAUAGCAUGUAGUUUUGAGAAGAAGCAACCAGAAAAUAAACCCCCCCUCUCCCCACAAGGAACACUGGUCUUCGAAGGUUCGGAUCGUCUUACUAUUAAGGGAACCGAUUCGCAGCGGAUGCUGACAACCUUGGCAGCGAAAACCAAUUCCUUACAUUGUAUACAAACAAACAAACAAAAAAACGAAGCUCAGUCAGAUUACGGCUGUUUAAUGAAAAAUUAAUUUAAUUUACCCUAUCGCAAACCCAUCAGGCCUGUGAUGCCGAUCGGUGCAUAGUGGUUAGUGAACCGUACUUGUAACACGAAAGUAAGUUAAUACGCUUAAAACGUAGAUAUUGAGGUGUGCUAGCAAUCACACGUAUGUCAAAUUUAGUAGCUAAGAAACAUAAAACAAAAAUCCGCAUGCUCACGACACCGCCAGGUCGAUGCUGUCCAGUCGGGCACGAGCAAUACACAUCUCCAAAUCGCAGCUUCCAACCUAAAGUUAGGUAUGAUAGAAUGAAGGAGCAACCAUUUAAAAGGGUUCAGAAAGUAUGCAAAAAUCGAACAGAAGAAGUGGAAGAUGGGAAAUGUACAUAAAGUUCAACAAAAGAAAAAAACAACAACAACGGAAUGGAUGACAACAUCCGGCAAUAUAUAUUAACCACGUUACUCACGUUAUUAAACAAGCAAAACACAAACAACCCCACAAUAUACAUUAUAAUCACGGCAGUAAGAUUAAAGAAAAUAACAUUCCAUUGCAAUAAGGGUAAAGCUGAGUAGAGCAGGAAAGAAAAACAAAACAAAAAAAAUAAUAAAGUAUAACGUUGAACUAAAUGUAAGAGAAGAAAAAUGAAAGAAAAAUAUAUAAAUAGGAUAAAAAAUAUAAAAAAAAACAUGUGUAUCACACAAACACGACACGAAUGGAGAAAAACAAUAAAUUUUCUUAGAGAGGUUACAGUUGUUAAAAAAAACCCCAGUAAAAUAAUAGAAAACAGCUAACCACUUUUCUCUCGGCGCCAUCGAAUGACGUUUCAGAAAAGGGAGGAAAGCUAAAAAUCAUUAACGAAACGGCUUAGGAUCACAGAGAUAGAUUGUUGUUGAUUUAGUUCUAACUAAACGUAAUACACAGUAAACAAAACAUAGAUGAUAUAGAGUGAAGCAAAGGGUAAUGGAAAGAUUUAUCUCCCCCAGAUCGAGUUUAGUUCGACCAUUGCGUUGUCGAUGUUGGGUUUUGUUUGAGUUUCACUGAUUACGCUUCUGUCACACAGUCGAUCGUUACCUGGUGAUACGAGUUGACAAAGCGAUUAAGAGUUAUACACCAAAAAAAAAACAAACAAUACAAAGAAGUCUUAUAAAAAAUGCAAAUCGAGAUGUUGUGUCUGUACAUAGGAUGGAUAUGGAAGGUAUUGCAAGAAGAACUUCACGUUUAAUGCUUAUUACAUUACACACGCCAGCGCUAUGAAGAAGACCACACAGCAAAGCUACAGACGCUUGUUUUAAUUCCAUAAGUAGUGUGCUCUGUACCCUAUCGCUUACAAUACCGAUCCGCCAUUGAUUCGUUAGAAAUUGAUUAUGGGACUUUUUUUGUAGACCCAAAAGGGCAAAGAGACCCUAUCCAACUGACGCUUUAAGCGUUGCAAUCUUCAGUGUCUAGCGUGUCCCUGGCCUCAGAGACUGUGAACCAAAACAAAAUCGUCUAACAAUUCGGGUAUCAACCGGAACCCUGUGUCCACCCCGUAAAUAGAGCAACGAAGCAAUAAAUGACAAUAGCCACCACAGCGCCACCGCAAGAUUCUAGCGCCCGAAUGCAAAACUUACCCCUUUAAACUCCCCCUACGCGAUCGGCCACUGUCGUCCGAAUAGCUUUGAUAGGUGAUUAUCUACUUCUUGUCUGCGCGCCCGAUCAAAUUAACCAAUCAAAAGUGAUCGUGACUUGCUCGAUCGCAUCACUUACACCCGAUUGUAGGUAAUCUUCCUCAGUAGUAGCAACCGAAGUACUGGCAACGGCCCAUACGGGCGAGAGAAUGUCGUUUCCUUGCGCGCGCGGGGAAGGUUGAUUGCCUUCAAUUGGCCGCUUUUCUCUCACCCUCCGGGACGGCACCACAGCCUCCAUCGUGCGGUACUUGCGAUGAAAGGUCUUCGAAUCGUGUGUGAGUGUCGUCUGCUCAUCUUUUAGGCAUUCGCCUGCAAGAUAUUCCGGGCCACGCUAAGUGUGUCGCGAUCGUGGCUGGCUGCACUUUAUAUUGCGAAAACACAACACCAAUUGCGAGGUUGUUGUUUGAUGUUAUCUUAAGUUGCGCCAAGCGAGUACAUUCUUCAGGGACGUUUCAUUUCCAAAGGCCUACACAUUGGACGUUAUAAAACGUUUUAGCGUUAUGUUGCUACUGCUGUGUUUUAUGAGUUAAGCAUCAACAUUGCACUUCAAUAAUCGCAAGAUCCUAUUUCCGAGGUAUUACAUUGUGAUAGCACUCCGUACAAUUUAAAGUCAAAAUUCCAAUCAUGAUUUUCGUUUAAAUAAAUAAUAAGAGCACAUCGAGAGGUUGUAAAAGCUAAAUUGUGAGCAUUGGAUUCUAAUGUGAAACCAUAAAUAAUUUAACCAAUCGUAAACACAAAAGAUUUUCAAUAUGAAUCACCUCCACCUAAACGUUAUUCGUUCUAUCUUCGUAUCUGUUGUAAAUACAAGUGCAUAAUAAUUUUUAUCAUUACAAUAUUUAAGCGAAAGACAGAGUCAAUUAAUUGCCCUUCGUUUUUUUAUUGUCCUCUGUUGACCACAUGUCCGUAAUAUUCAUUUUUGGGGUGCAGUAAAGUUCUCAUUACAGAGACGGCAGUAAAGCAUUGAGGCAUGUCUUUGACCGGUUAGGCAGUUCCAAUGUCUCCGAACAUUAGCAAGCAAGAGCGCAACUAUUGUUUUGCACCAACAAAUACGCUUCGAAUAGCAAAGUAAAAACACAGAUGCAUAAACCAUACCAUUUUACGGACAGUUGGCAUAAACCUCGUUAGCUGCAUUAAUAACGUGCUGUAUUAGUGUUAAGCGAAUUUAUCGUGAUAGUGCGCUAGUGUAAAUCAUGUUUGCAGAGCCAUACCCAAGUGUUGCACCAGCGUUGAAAGCCAUUUUGAAAUGGCAAUAAUAGUAGGGCAGAAAAGAAACACUCCGCCCUGUUAAGGAGAGGUGUGUGCAUUUGAUUUAUGUUAUCGAUCCCUUCGCUUGUUAUGUAGUUUUACAGAAUUUUUGCAAACAUUUACCCCCGUAGAUGUGUCUCCUGGGACACAUUUUGCGUAAAGGUAAAUAAUGCAACUAGAAUAAGAUCGUUUGUAAGACACAGUUACGUUAGAUUCCAUUGAACGUUCUUCCGAUCUCUUCGGCUGGUGUAAAUUGCUAUGAAAGUAAAUAAGUAUAGGAUUUCUUUUAAUUUCCCCUUCUUUACCUAUUGAUUGCAUCGAUUCAACAAGAAAGCAAGAUGUGCUUGCCUAAGCAUGUAUGCGAAAACGGGCAAAUGUAAAAACACACAUACAACAAACAGCAAAGUAAUAAUAUAUUUAACACACUUUAAAAUCAUCUUCUGCUUCUAUCUUUAAACCCUUUCCUCCUUGUGAAACAAUCAGCAAACACUGAAUGCAAAAAAAGAUAACAACUUUUGAUUUUGUUCAUGAUGCGCACAGUGCAAUACAAUAAGUUCACCGAAAACCGCAAGCAAGUACACCUCGAAGGAGUUUUAAACAAAAUAGAAAAAAGAACAGCAAACAGCAAAAAAUAAAACAAUAAGCUACAAAGCAUUACGAACAAGCAAAACAGAUUUAGUAAUGUAGCGCUACAUUUAUGAACAAAACAGCACGAUAAGAUGGUAAGGUAAAUUAAAGCUGAAACUGCAACUGGAAGCGAACAUUGUAGAAAGUUAGCUAGAAUUUUGUUAAAUUAUAUAAGUAUAAGCCCCGAGCUAGUGUAACAAAAUGUGAAGAAAAACGAAACAAAUAAAAAUUAUAACAUUCCCUUAAUGUAAUUGAAAAAAGCAAAACAAAACAGAGAAAAACUAAACCCAAAAAAAAACUAACAUAAAGUAAAGAGUUCUGCUGCGUGCUACAAAUAACACACGCAAGUGAGGAAAAAAACAA